AUGGGCAACAGCAGCAGCGACCGGUCCAGCAGUGAGAGGUCAUUCAGGGAUGGACAGCAGGGGGGGAAAGAGGCUCGACCCAACCUCCUGCUGGACAGCUCAGAGGAUGCAGACCUGUUCCACAGAGAUGACCCAAAGACCCCGCAGGAAAUCCAGGAAUUCCUGGCGUGGCAGCAGGACCUGGAUUGCGACAGUAAAAGUCCAACGCUGGCCAGACCCACCGUGUUCACAUGGUCGGGUUCCGCCAAGGAAGCCUUCGUGUCUGGAUCUUUUAACAACUGGGCCACCAAGAUCCCGCUCAACAGGAGCCAGAAGAACUUUGUGGCCAUCGUGGACCUGCCGGAGGGGGAGCACCAGUACAAGUUUUGCAUAGACGGUCAGUGGACUUUGGACCCAAACGGGCCUGUGAUGACCACUAAAACUGGAACGGUCAACAACGUCAUACAGGUGAAAAGGACGGACUUUGAAGUGUUUGAUGCCCUCAAGAUUGACUCAGAGGAUUCGGCGGACAUGUAUGACCUGUCCAGUUCCCCGCCAGGCCCCUAUCAACAGGACCCAUAUGUAAUCAAGACAGACGACAAGAUCAAGCAGCCCCCUAUCUUACCGCCCCACCUGCUCCAAGUGCUGCUCAAUAAGGACACAGGAAUCUCUUGUGACCCAACGCUGCUACCGGAGCCCAACCAUGUCAUGCUCAAUCACCUGUAUGCCCUCUCCAUCAAGGACGGAGUGAUGGUUCUCAGCGCAACACACAGAUACAAGAAGAAGUACGUGACCACUCUUCUGUACAAGCCCAUUUGA